CUUCGACAUGGCUAAAGAAGGAGCAGACAUGACGGAGGAAACCGAGUUCAUGAUAGACAGAAACGUGGGGCAGGAGACCGUGAGCGUGGAGUCACGUGCUGGGAACGCCAAAGAAAUGCGCGCAGUGAUGUUAACGGGCUUUGGAGGUCUGAACAAAGUCCGGGUGAGCAGGAAGGCAAUGCCCGAGCCUCAGGAUGGAGAGGUCAAGAUACGCGUCAAAGCCUGUGGCUUGAAUUUUCUGGAUUUGAUGGUUCGACAGGGGAACAUCGACAACCCUCCAAAAACCCCCAUCGUCCCUGGAUUCGAGUGCUGUGGCAUAGUGGAGUCGGUGGGGGGAAACACAGAGGGAUUUGAGAUUGGAGACAAAGUUAUGGCGUUUGUGAACUACAAUGCUUGGGCGGAGGUGGUUUGCACACCAGUGGAUUUUGUCUACAAGAUGCCAGAUGAAAUGACGUUUGCAGAGGCGGCAGCAUUCUCCCUAAACUUUGUGGCUGCUUAUAUGAUGCUCUUUCACGUUGCCAGUCUGCAAGAGGGAAUGUCAGUGCUGGUCCAUUCAGCAGGAGGCGGCGUGGGACAAGCUGUGGCUCAGCUGUGCGCCACCGUGCCAAACGUAACCGUGUUUGGGAUCGCCUCCUCUUUCAAGCACGCAGCCAUCAAAGACUCUGUGACUCACCUCUUUGACAGAAACGUGGAUUACAUACAAGAAGUCAAAAAGAUUUCUCCAGAUGGAGUUGACGUUGUUCUGGACUGCCUGUGUGGAGAGAACACAGGGAAAGGCCUGAGUCUGCUGAAGCCUCUGGGGACCUACAUUCUCUACGGCGCAUCGAAUAUGGUCACUGGGGAAACAAAAAGUUUCUUCAGCUUUGCAAAAUCUUGGUGGCAGGUGGAAAAGGUGAAUCCUAUUAAACUGUAUGAGGAGAACAAGGUCAUAGCAGGAUUCUCACUCCUCAACCUCCUCUUCAAACAAGGGAGAAGCAGUCUUGUGAAAGCAGUGAUGGACAAACUCUUGUGCCUUUAUAGACAGAAGAAGAUCAAACCUGUAGUGGACUCUCUGUGGGCACUGGAGGAGGUUAAAGAAGCCAUGCAGAGAAUUCAUGACAGAGGCAACGUAGGAAAACUCAUUCUGGAUGUUGAAAAGUCUCCAACUCCUCUGAUGGCCAGUGACAGUACAGAGACCAGUGAGGCAGGAGAGGAAGAAGAGGAGCCAGAGGGAGACAAUGACAGCAAGGAGCGAAUGCCCUUCAUUCACUAGAGCCAACAAAACGCCAACUGAGUUCACAUAGAGACUGGAGCGUGCACAGAUUCACCACAGAGGAACACAACCACAUGAGUGUAUACCUGCAUGUCCACUUUGCCUAAAUACUAUAUGAAUGUACAGUACAUGCUUGUUCUUGUUGUUUGUUAACUGUUAGUUUGUUGAUCAUGCAAACGGGAUGUGAAGAAUUACACACUUGUAGCCCCGGAGCCAUUCUGAAGCCAGUAUUUUACUUUUUACAGUGAUUUCAUGUAAUG